GGUGAGGCGCCCCGCCCUUUGGCCGCUCCAGGUGCAGCGGUGGGGACUGCAGGGUCCAAGCCUGGGGCCCCAGGACAGGGCUAGGGCGCCAUGGCCGAGUCCCAGCUGAGCUGCCUGGACGAGGCGCACGUGAACGAGAGGGUGACCGAGGCGCAGGCCGCCUUCUACUACUGCGAGCCGCGGCGGGCCGCUCUGGAGGCGCUGCUGGGUGGAGGCGAGCAGGCCUACCAAGAAUGGGUCAAGAAGGAGCGGCUGCGGGACUUCCUCUCCAGCCAGGAGCGCCAAGCCCUCUGCGCCGCCUGGAGCCCCUACGAGGAGGCCGUUUCCAACACCCGUACCAAGGUCAAGGCCAAGACCCCAGCCGAGCCCACCGAGUCCCUGGCCUACUGGCCAGACCGCUCGGACACCGAAGUGCCCCCGCUGGACCUAGGGUGGACGGACUCCAGCUUCUACCGAGGCGUGAGCCGUGUCACGCUCUUCACCCACCCGCCCAAAGAAGAGAAGGCGCCGCACCUGAAGCAGGUGGUCAGACAGAUGAUCCAGCAGGCCCAGAAGGUCAUUGCUGUGGUCAUGGAUCGUUUCACUGAUGGGGAUAUAUUCCAAGACAUCGUGGAUGCUGCCUCUAAGCGCCGGGUCCCCGUGUACAUCAUCCUGGAUGAGGCAGGGGUGAAGUACUUUUUGGAGAUGUGUCAGGGCCUGGAGCUUGCAGACUUCCGCAUUCGGAACAUCCGUGUCCGCUCUGUGACAGGAGUUGGCUUUUACAUGCCCAUGGGGAAGAUCAAGGGGACUCUCUCUUCGAGGUUCCUGAUGGUGGAUGGGGACAAAGUAGCCACUGGAUCUUACAGCUUUACUUGGAGCUCCUCCUAUGUGGACCGGAAUCUUCUCUUGCUCCUGACGGGGCAGAACGUGGAGCCCUUUGACAUAGAGUUCCGAGAGCUGUACGCUAUCUCUGAGGAGGUGAACUUGUCCCAGCACCUGGGCCUAGCAGGCAGGCUUGGCCUCAACUACUCCUCUACUGUAGCUCGCAAGCUUAUCAACCCCAAGUAUGCCUUAGUGGCAGGCAGCCGCUGUCCUCCAGGAGAGAUGAUGCGCUGGGCAACUCAGCAGCAGCGGGAAACUGGUACAGAGGGACAGAAGGAGGGUAGUGGUGGUGGUGAGUCUGCCCGGCGUCUGGAGAGCUUUCUGAAUGACCUGGCCACAGUAGAACAGAUAUUGCCCACAGUGGAGCCCGUUCCCUCGAGAUUGCUGAGACCAAAGGACGGUAGGAUGGUCUCUCACGUGCAUGUAGACCUAAGGCACAAAGCCCGAGAGGCGCUCCCCCAGAACGGCAAAGCAGAAGCUGCCAAUGGAGAGGCCACCCCAGCCAAGGAAGGCAAACGCUUGAGCAGCAGGCUGUUCAGCCGACGAGUGAAGAGGCCUGCGGCACCCAACAACACGGCCAGCUCCCCCUCCACUGAGACUGAUGUAGAGUUUCCUUUGGGGAAGAGGCCCACCGAGGGUUCCAGUGCCAACAUGUCAGGUAAAGGAAGCCCCAGUGUCUCCAAGCCCAACAACUGUGUGAUCUCCUGAGCUGCAGGGUAGUGGUGGGCGGGACCUGCAGAUGCCCACCCAUCCUGUCCUGUGCUGAGGAGAAUGUGGCCUGUAUGCUGCCCUGGGCCACACAUCAGACCCUCACCAGGCCUCCUACCCUGCAGCCUCUAUCCAGUCUUAGGGCUGGAAUCCCAGAUG